UUUUAGAUGAUAUGAUAUUAGACCAUUUCACAGAUGAAUCUUGAAUGUUUGAUACUUCAGACACAUCCCAUUUCUAGAAAAUAACAUACAUCUUCACCGGGAAGAAUCCAUGCAAGGCCAAACAUUGUCUUUGACCCAAAUACUUUUUGGGGACACAGCACAAGCAGAAACAGUGUAUUGUUCUUCUUUUGCUUAUAAAUUUGUUUCCUUCUGAUUCCUUGAUAUCAAGAAUGAUCGGCUAAAACCAUCCAAGGAGAUUGAAGCAUGAUAUUCAAGAAUUGUACAGACCUGGUUUUUAUGUCUUUCUUAUUCUGUAGUAGUAAUACUUUCCCAGGCAUGGCAGCACCAGUCAAUGUUCAUGUGGGUCUUGACUUUGAUACGUGGUUUUGGAAGAUGGAGUGAGCUGCAUCAACAUUGUCCUCUUGGACGUCUAUACCACUCAUCCAAUUUGCACAACUAGGCUCCUUCAAACCAGAGGGAUCGGACUUCCCCAAACAGCGCGCUACUGCAGGAACUAUGACUACAUGCAUUGAACUAAGCACAAGGAUAUUUGUUCUUUCCGAAUAUAGCUAGGAUAGGCCAAUGGUAGCGGUACCUGAUAAAAGAUUUACCUAUAUAUAUACAAGGGCUUUUAAAUUCUUAUGCCAUCUUCAGAAGAGUCAAAAUAUGAUCAACAAAGCUAAGUACCCUUCCAGCCUUGAAAAUAAGCUUGCUCUGAGUUUUAUGUUUUUUUUGUUUCUUUCAUCAUCGAUUACCUUGGCUAUGCCACAAAGCAAAACCAUCAUCCCAGUAAAUGUGGGAGUUGUUUUGGAUGACCAUAUACAUUCACGGGCUCAAAAAAUUUGGUUGAGCUGCAUAAAAAUGGCUCUCUUUGACUUCUAUGCGUCUAAUGCUCAUUACAAGAGUAGGGUGGUCUUGAAAGUUAGGGACUCCAAACGAAAUGUUGUUCAUGCAGCUGCCGCAGCUCUUGAUUUGAUAAAGAAUGAAAAAGUUCGAGCCAUCAUUGGACCAGUGACGACAAUGGAGACGAGCUUCGUUAUUAAUCUUGGAAACGAAGCUCAUGUGCCCAUCAUAUCAUUUUCUUCAACAAGCCCUUCACUUACUUCGAUCCGGAGCUCCUACUUUUUCCAAUUUGCACAAAAUGACUCAAUCCAAGUGGAAGUUAUAAGUUCCAUUGUAAAAGCUUUUGGGUGGAGACAAGUUGUGCCGAUCUACAUAGACACUGCAUACGGCGAGGCAAUCAUACCAUACUUAACUGAUGCCUUGGAUGAGGUUGGGGCCCGGGUUCCCUACCGUAGUGUCAUUUCCCCAUCCGCAACUGAUGAUCAAAUUGAAAAAGAGCUUUACAAGUUGAUGACAAUGCAAACUAGAGUUUUUCUUGUCCACAUGACAACCUCACUAUGCUCUAGGGUACUUUACAAGGCAAAAGCAAUUGGAAUGAUGAGCGAGGGAUAUGUUUGGAUCAUGACCAGUGGGAUAACUAAUAGAUUAAGGAUGACGGACGACUUUUCAUUCCUCAAUUCCUUGGACGGAAUAUUAGGUGUUCAAACCUAUGUCCCAAAAACAAAAGAACUUCAUCAAGAGUUCAUACCACGGUGGCAUCUGCAGUUCCUAAAAGACACUCCAGCUAACAGUUUUUCUGCUAACUUGGAUGUUUUUGCACUAUGGGCUUAUGAUGCUGCUCAUGCACUGGCCAUAGCAAUUGAAGAAGUAACUUGGAGUACAAGUAACAUUGAUUUCCAAAAGUCACAUACUGCUCCCAACAACUCGACAGAUCUUGAAAGUUUGGCGGUCUCUCAAUAUGGGCCAAAACUAUGCAAAGCACUCUCAACUACUAGAUUUAAUGGCAUUGCUGGAGAUUUUAGACUUGUUGAUAGGCAACUUCAAUCCUCAACUUUUCAGAUUGUUAACAUAAAUGGUGGUGCAACAAGAACAAUCGGAUUUUGGACACCAGAAAAUGGACUAUGUAAAAAGUUGGGAUCCUCAGUAAACACAGGAAAAGGUUCAAUUUCCAAUGGCAAUCUGGGACCCAUUAUAUGGCCAGGAGAUUCUCUUUCUGUUCCCAAGGGAUGGGAGAUACCAACAAAUGGCAAGAAGUUGAGAAUUGCAGUUCCUCAGAAAGUUGGUUUUACUGAGUUCGUUAAGAUCACAAAAGAUCCAAGCACAAACAUAACAGAUGUCUCUGGGUUCAGUAUUGAUGUCUUUGAGGCUGCGCUGGAGAUAUUGCCAUAUGCUCUUCCCUAUGAAUUUAUUCCCUUUGCAAAGCCCGAUGGCACCACUGCUGGCAAUAACAAUGAUUUGUGCUAUCAAGUUUCUAUUGGGAACUUUGAUGCUAUAGUGGGAGAUACAACAAUUACAGCAAAUAGGUCCUUGUUUGUAGACUUUACCAUGCCAUAUACAGAAGCUGGUAUAGUCAUGGUUGUACCGGUCAGAGAUAGCAAUAGAAAGAGUGCAUGGGCUUUCUUGAAGCCUUGGAGAUGGGACCUGUGGUUUACAACUGCUUGUUUCUUCCUCUUCAUUGGUUUCGUUGUUUGGGUUCUUGAACACCGAAUUAAUAAACACUUUCGGGGCCCUCCUUCACAUCAAGUUGGUACCAGUAUUUGGUUUUCUUUCUCCACCAUGGUUUUUGCACAGACUGCAAGAGUUGUUAGCAACUGGGCUAGAGUUGUGAUGAUUAUCUGGAUAUUUGUUCUACUAGUACUGACAAUAAAUUACACGGCCAGUCUAACUUCACUAUAUACCGUCCAGAAACUCCAGCCAACCGUUACUGAUAUAAAGGAUCUAUUAAAGAAAGGGGAGAAAGUUGGUCAUGUAAGGAAUUAUGUUCGUGACAUGUUGAAGCAAAAAGGUUUUGAUGAUUCAAAGCUUAAGCGUUUUACAACUGUGGAAGAAAUUGAUGACGCGCUUUCAAAAGGGAGUGCAAAUGGUGGAGUGGCUGGUGUUAUUGAUGAAACUCCCAACCUGAAGCUUUUUCUUGCAAAGUAUUGCAACAAAUAUACCAUGGUUGGACCCUUCUUUAGAACUGAUGGUUUUGCCUUUGCGUUUCCAAAAGGUUCCCCUUUUCUACAAGAUGUUUCACAGGCAGUCCUAAACGUGACCGGGGGAGACAAGAUAAUGAAAAUUGAAAAUAAAUGGUUCAAGAAAGAAAGCAGCUGUCAAGACUUGACUAACCCAAACAUUAAUAGCAAUGGUCUUGGUGUUGAUAGCUUUUGGGUCUUAUUUCUCAUUGUGGCGGGGGCUUCAAUACUAGCUCUGAUAAUAUUUGUAGUUUCGUUUAUUUACAGGCAUAAGGUUAUCUGGAGUUCAGAAGCCUCUAUUUGGUGUAGGAUUCAAAAAAUGUUGACUAUCUUCAAUGAAAAAGACCUGAGCUAUCAUACUUUUAAUAUCAAUGAAAAGGAAGAUGAAGUGACUCAUGCCUUACCUAACUCCUCCCCAGAAAGUUCUGUGCACCAGAAUUUGAACCAGGGAAAUUCAAAUUCUGUAUUUUCUGGUUCUGGAGAGCAACAAGCAGCAAGGGUCUCCAUGAGUAGCUGCUGCAACUCUUGAGUUUGCUAUCACAGUUCAAGUAUUCGGAGAACUACUUCUUGUUGAAGGAUGUCGACAUAAUGUAUGCCUCUACAAACUAGGGUUUAGAAUUGUAAUAGGAAUGUGUUCUAGGUAUUCAAUUG